AUGUUCGUGCUUUGGCUACUCGUGCUGUUUAGCGUGUUGGGACUUGUAGCCAGUGAUUUUUUCUGCCCGAACUUAUCGUCGAUUGCGGCCAAGUGGGGUAUGAGCGAUAGCAUCGUGGGUGUAACACUCUUGGCACUUGGCAACGGAUUCCCAGAUGUCGUUUCGACCUUCCGAGCCAUGGAUAAAGACGCUGGCACCAUGGCCAUGGGCGAGAUCAUGGGGGCCGCUGUGUUUACGGUGGCAAUUGUGUGUGGAUCUAUAAUGGUGUUCUACUCGUUCGACAUACCACCCGUUGCCUUCGUACGUGACGUAGGCACGUAUAUGCUUGCCUCUCUGUAUGAAGGCCAUCAGCAUAUCCAGAAAGCUGCAGAUGAUGGAAUGAUCAAGAGCACUUCAUUGAUCUCUAGCCUCUUAAAUCCCAAAAACUUUGCAUUCAGCAACCACAUUUUCAGGUGUGCAGCGUCCCAGGAGAGUGUCAAUUGCAAUAAUGAUGGAGAUUCUGAAUAUUGUGGCCACAAAGGAAGAACUGAAUAUGAUCAUCUAUGGAUCUAUGGACAAGGUAAAGUUCCUCGUAGCCCCAACUAA